UUUUUUUUUUUUGCGUUUUAAAUGAUGACAGAACAAACAGUGUAGUUUCUUUGAAUUCUCACUGUACUGCAGUAUGAACUUAGGAACACUAUUCAAAUAAUACUUUUACUGUAUUUUAAAACGCAGGACAAAUUCGAUCCUUCACGAUGGCGGAUCCUCGAAAAAAUAUCGUGCUGUCAUCAGAUACAGACGAUGAGCCCACUGGCCCUUCAGGACUUGUGUGGAAGCCAAAAGUAAAAGACUAUAUGAGCUCAAAGUUAGAGGGAUCGCUAGCCGAAAUGACGUCAUCUGUGGACCCCUUGUAUAAUCCCCUGAAAUUGGUUGACAUAACUGAACCAACAUUUACAUUGACUCCACCCAGCCCUUCUGAGACAGGUUUUCAGGAGAAUGUACAUCAAUAUAAGCUGUCAAUCAUACAGAAGUAUGAGAGUGAGUGGAGCUUCCUGUCUGGUGAAAAAGAGUCAUUGUCUGCCCUGUAUACUGAACCAGUGAUCAUUCAGAAAAAUGAAAAUGGCAGCUUUAACAACAGAAUCAGUUUUGAUGAGCUCCUUGAGUUAUAUGGUUCAAUGACUGUCAUUCUCCAAGGCGACUCUGGCAGUGGCAAAUCCUUCAUAGCACAGAAGAUCAUGUUGGACUGGGCAUCUGAUCGUGUUUUCUGGCCAUCUUCUGGACAUUUUUUUGUAGUUUUCUUUCUGAGGUGUGAAGAGCUGAUGUGUAUUUCUGAGGAGAUGAACUUAACUGAGCUCUUGAGUUACAGCUGCAGUUUAACAUCAGAUCAGGUCACACAGAUGUUACUGCAGUUACCAGAGGAUGUGCUUUUCAUCAUUGAUGGAUUUGAUGAGCUGAAACUCACACAGGACAUUUAUGAAAUGUCAGCACACACUCAUCCACUUCAAAAAGCCCCACCUGAAGUCAUUCUUUGUGGCCUAAUUAGGGGAUACCUCAUCCCUGAGUCCAAUCUGCUGGUUACCACCAGAACUAAGAACACUGUGAACAAGCUGCUGAAAGGUCGACCGAGAUUCUCUGAGAUCAUAUUCACUGGGAUCAUGGGCUUUUCUGCGAGUCAGGUGGAGGGGUACUUCCAGAAGUUCUUCAGGAAAGAUUAUGACUGCGUGAGAGCAAAUGGAACCCUCUUCACUGCCUGUUCCAUUCCUGUUAUCUGCUGGAUCAUCAGUGAGAUGGUCAGAGUUGGUGCAAAUGUAACAAGUGGACUGGAAACCACCACCUCCAUCUAUGUUGAUUUUGUGUCCACUCUACUGGAGCAUCACUGCCAGGGUUUGAGUCAGUCCUGUCCCAACCCUGCUGAGGAGUCUGGGUCAGCUGGCAGAGAGAGGGAUGCUGGAACAGCAAGUCUUGUUUGAUGAAAAAAGUGUGAAUGAAACAGUUUCAGACCCUGCUGGCUGUCAAUUCCUGUGCAACUUUCUCUCUAAGAGAAGAAUUGACCAGGAGACAAUGUUCAGUUUCAUGCAUUUCAGUUUUCAGGAGUUCUUCACUGCUCUGUACUAUGUC